AUGGGGAGUCGCAGGUUCUCCUCCGGCGUGUCCACUGUCAUCCUCGCCAUCUCCGUCGUGGCGCUUCUCAACACCGACGUGGCGCUGUGCGGCUGCAGCUACAAGCGUAUCUUCGCGUUCGGUGACUCCCUCAUCGACACCGGCAACUUGUUAUACUCCGUCGGCAACAGGGCGUCGCCAAUCAAGGAGCUCCCCUACGGCAUGACCUUCUUCAAGCACCCCACCGGCCGCAUCACCGACGGCCGUGUCGUCGUCGACUUCUACACGGAGGCGUUCGGUCUGCCGCUGCUGCCGCCGAGCAUCCCGGAGGAGGCGACCGGGCAGUUCCCCACCGGCGCCAACUUCGCCGUGGGGGGCGCCAUCGCACUUCCACUGGAGUACUACAAGACCAAAUACAACUUCACGAUGAACGCGCCUUCCAACCUCGACCGGCAGCUCGCGUCCUUCAAGAAGAUCCUUGCGCGCAUCGCUCCCGGGAACGGCGCCACGAGGUCUCUCCUCAACGAGUCCCUGGUGCUGAUGGGCGAGAUCGGCGGGAACGACUACAACUUCUGGUUCAGUGACCGCCGGAGACCCCGUGAAACGCCGGAGAAGUACCUGCCCGACGUGGUCGCCCGCAUCGGCGCCGCCGUGCAGGAGGUGAUCAACCUCGGCGCCAGGACGAUCGUCGUCCCUGGCAACUUCCCCAUCGGGUGCUUGCCGGCGUACCUGGGCGCCCACCAGAGCAACGUCAAGGCUGACUACGACGAGCUCCACUGCCUCAAGUGGUAUAACGAAUUCUCCCAGAAGCACAACCAGGUGCUGCGGCAGGAGAUCGCGCGGCUCCGGUCGCAGAACCCUGGCGUCAAGGUCGUCUACGCUGACUACUACGGCGCCGCCAUGCAGUUCGUCCAAAAGCCGCAGGCGUACGGCAUCGCCGACCCGCUCGUGGCGUGCUGCAACGGCAAUGGGCCGUACCACACCGGCGGGGCGUGCAACAACCAGACGAAACUCUGGGGCAGCCCCGACCGCUUCGCCAGCUGGGACGGCCUGCACAUGACGGAGAAGGCGUACAAGAUUGUCUCCGACGGGGUGCUGGACGGGCCAUUCGCCGACACACCGCUGCGCCAUACUUGCUAG